AUGGGUUGGAAUUGGAUAGGAAUCAUUACUUCUGAUGAUGACUACGGACAAUUGGGCAGCAAAAACUUGCGAAGAGAUUUGUUUCUAGUAGGAGGUUGCAUUGAUUUUAUAGAAACAGUACCAAAAAGCAGCUCAAAAUCUAAAUAUCUUAAAAUAAUUGAAGUAGUAAAAAGGUCAACAGUAAAUGUGAUUGUAAUUUAUGUGAGUAAGAAGACAUUAGUUCCUGUUAUGGAGGAAUUUGCAAUGAAUAACAUUACAGGAAAAGUAUGGAUUAUAAGUGAUCCGUGCACAGUAUCUCAGGAAGUUUUCAAAAGAGAGAUGCUUGAAACAAUCAAUGGUACAAUUGGACUUGCACAUCACACAACAGAAAUUGUAGGUUUUCUGAACUUCUUGUAUGAAAUGCAUCCUUCAAGGUCACCAGAUGAUAUAUUUACCAGACUUUUCUGGGAAAAAGCAUUCAGCUGCAAAUGGGGGAAUAACAAUGGAAGCAUAAUUAUACAGCAGAGUGUAAAAAGCACAGAAAUUAGAGUUUGUACAGGGGAUGAGAAGGUGAAAGAACUGGAUGCAUCCCUGUUUGAUAUUUACACAUUUGUGUUAAUCAGUCGUACAUACAAUGCUGCCUAUGCUAUCAUGAAUGCACUGUAUAACUUGUAUUCUUGUCAGAAUCUCUCAGGACCCUUCUCCAAUGGAUCAUGUGCAAAUCUUUCUGACCUAAAAUCAUGGCAGUUCCUCCAUUAUGUGAAAAGUGUAAAGUUUAAAACCAAAGCUGGUGAAGAAGUAUUUUUUGACAUGAAUGGUGACCCACCAGUUGUUUUUGAUAUUCUAAAUCAGCAUAUUUCAAGCAAUGGUACUCUUAAAUGUCUUAAAGUUGGCAAUGUUGAUUCCCGAUUCCCUGCUGGAAAGGAAACCGUUAUAAAUGAUAAUGCCAUCAAAUGGAACGGAGCUUUCUCUGGAGAAGAGCUAAUGUCUGAAAUUAACAGGCUACAGAAUGAUAUUUAUGAUAAUUAUUCACCAGCUGUGUUAGGUGAUAAGAUGGAUACCCUGUAUGAGAACAUUCAGAACUAUGAGAAAAGGUUGCAAGUAACCAAAGUGCCACGAUCUGUGUGCAGUGAGAGCUGUUCUCCAGGAUUUAGGAAGUCAGCUCGGAAAGGUCAACCGGUCUGCUGUUUUGACUGUAUUGUGUGUUCUGAAGGGGAAUUUACCAAUCACACAGAUUCCAGUGUUUGCAUGAAGUGCCCAGAAGAUCAGUGGUCUAACAGCGUCCACAACAAAUGUGUACCUCGAAUUAUUGAAUUUCUCUCCUACAGUGACCCGUUGGGAAUAGCUAUUACUGUUGUAUCUAUUUUCUGCUCUUCAGUUACUGUUUCAAUACUUUAUUUAUUCAUUAAAUACAGGGAGACUCCAAUAGUCAGGGCUAACAACCGGGCACUCAGCUACUUCCUGCUAUUUUCCAUAAUGUUGUGCUUCCUAUGUGCUUUAAUAUUCAUUGGCAGCCCAGUGACAGCAACCUGCAUGCUUCGACAAGUUAUCUUCAGCAUUGUUUUCUCUUUCUGCAUUGCUUGUGUUUUUGCAAAGACCAUUACUGUUGUGAUUGCCUUCAGUGCUACUAAACCAAACAGUAAGCUAAAAAUCUGGUUUGGGCCACGAACACCCAUUUGCCUCGUGGUUUUCAGUUCAUUAAUUCAAAUUCUGAUAGGUAUAGCAUGGCUAAGUACAUCACCACCAUUUGUAGAGCAUAACACGAAGUCUAGAAAAGAUAAGAUAAUAAUUGAAUGCAAUGAGGGCUCUAUAAUUAUGUUUUAUUUAAUGCUGGGAUAUUUAGGCAUUUUGGCAAGUAUUAGCUUCAUUGUAGCAUUUCUGGCAAGAAAACUACCCGAUAGUUUCAAUGAAGCAAAAUAUAUCACAUUUAGCAUGCUGGCUUUUACUUGUGUUUGGAUAUCAUUUGUACCAGCAUACCUCAGUGCAAUGGGAACUUACUUGGUUGCUGUAGAGAUAUUUGCCAUUUUGUCUUCCAGUGCAGGGCUGCUAGGCUGUAUAUUUGCUCCAAAGUGUUAUAUCAUUAUGUUGAGACCUGAGAUGAAUACCAGGGAAUACUUAAAGGGGAAGUUAUAA